AUUGGAAGGUCCCACAGGUAGUCUAUCUGACCAAUGGGCUCCGCACAUACCGUCCAACAGUGUCCACCAAAGAUCUAUGUCAACGCGCGUUGUUCCCUUCACAGGCUGGGUUUGUUGCAACACGUCGUCGGCUGUAGCAGUUCAUUGACUAGGUGGCUUUUCCCGUUCAUGUCGGCGUUUAUCACAAUCUGUAGCCUAUAUUCAACGCACCCGGUGAGAUUGGGAACUGGGCUACCCGUAGAAUUCACCGGAGAGCCCUCCGUUCACCAUCACGUUAGCCAGUCUUUCAUAGCCUGGCAGCGGCGGCAUCAGGUCCCAGAAAAUGGGCCCACCCCCCAGAACAUUAUUUCUCCCGGAAAAGUAAAGCAGCAGCAGCAGCCGCCGCAGCAGCAGCAGCAGCACCAGUACAAAGCCCACCUUCGCCGGAUCUCUCCUGUCCAGACCACCCCUCUGUUCCUGCAUGGAGGCCAAGGCCAAGAGCGGGGCCGCCACGCCCAAGGGGGCAGCGGUCAAGGUGGAGAAAAAGGAGCCAGCUGCCCUGCGCAAACCUGACCCUGUCCCAGUGGUGCCCGAGACCGAAAACCUUCCUUUGAAAGAUGACAAGGCGGAGACGGAAGCUACGACUGAGGCAGAAGAGGCUGCGACUCCCAGCACAGACUGUCUUGAAAACAUGAAACCAUUCCUGAUUGGCGGCGCCGUGGUUGCAGUGGGCGCCAUCUUACUGGGCGUCCUGCUACUAGCAAGGCGAAACUAAACCCUACAUUCUCUAUAGCUAUUUAUUGGGUAAAUGGAUUGAGUCGGUCGCACACUGUCCUUGUAAAGAUAUAGGUAGGAAGCUACUGUGAAUUUUGUGUUGCUCUCUCACUAAACAAGCUUGCCGUGAAAAUUGGAUUAUAAAAAGGAUGCCCUUUAUGGGACCAAAAUAUACCAAACAAUGCAUGAAUGUUCUUUAUCUCUUCGAUUGCUUUUGAUUCGUAAUAACCCUCUCAUGGAAGCACUCACACUGUAGUCCUGAGCCAACAUACCUAAAUGCUCUCACCUUGUGGAAAAGCUCUAAUCUUUUUCCUUUCACAUCUAGUGUGCACAUUCGGGCACUGACCGAGGCAUGCAAUAUUUGUACAUUCUUGCAUUAGAAAUAAUAUAUGUCACUCUUGAUUUUUUUUUACGUUGCUCUUCACAGUUAGUUAUGGGUCAAAGAGGGUCAUUUCAAAGGGAUUAUCACAUUUCAAGUUAAAAGCAAAACACCUGUUUGGGGAAAAGAAGUGGAGGGAAAUUAAUGGUCAAAUAGUCAUACCUGGUAAAAACGGUGUACAUACAUUAUUUUUAUUUAUAGUGGCUUGACAAGUCAGUAGCCUCUUAGAUUAGAUGUAUUGCUCUGAUCUCUGGGAAAAUAGUUUGGAAGGUUAAAAACUGAACCUUUAGUCAAUUAUUUAAUUUUUUGUCUAGAAUCGUAUCCAUACAGGCAUAGUGGCUACUUCACCCGGACUAAGCCAAGUAGUUGUCCUUAAAACCUCACGUGUAUAAUGUUGAUGAAGAUGAGGUACAGAUCAAUUGCAAUUAUAUGUCAAUUCACACACACACACACACACAAACAUACACACACGCAAACACACAUACGCACACACACACACACCUGCACGCACACCCACGUACUAGUCUUGGAACCACGCAGCAAGGUGUUAUAACACACACACUAAGUGGUCCUUAAAAUAGUUUUUAGGGAAAGUUUAUCUUAUGAAACAAUAACAUUAUUUGACAGCCCUAGCAUAGCAUACAGACGUGUAAGGAGACCGUCACCUUAUAUUGUAUAAUAUAGUAUACAGAAUUUUAAAAAGUCUCUUUCUUUUCAUUAUUUCAAGAGCGUAUAAAUGCAAUAAUUCAGAUAGGAAUCUCAUUUUAGCACAAUAUUGCUGCAGCAGUUCAAAUAGCAUUGACGGCAGUGGUGGUGGUCAUGAUGAAAUUAACGGUGAUUUCCUUAUUCUUUAUAAAUCCCUGCUACCUUUUUCUUUAUACAUUAUCUUUCAUCUGCCUUCAAAGCUAUUUCAUGUACAGAAGUCACCUUGUAAUGACUAAUAUAUUAAAGGCAAUCGACUACACCAAA